AUGCAUGGUUCUCGGAACAAAGCGGCACCAACAGUCGGGAAGGGACACACGGACGCAGACACUGGCACGGAGUCGAACCGCAGGGACCGAAAAUCUGUUGGAGGGAUGUUGAAGAAGCUCAAGUCGAGGCGCAGUCAAACGGAUAAGUGGCCCGUGGUCACAGAGGAUGAACUUCGGGCGCUCGGAGGGGAUAUUUCUCCGGAUCACGUCCUGGGACUCCGUGCUGUCACGGAGGAUUAUCUUUGCAAACCUGAAGAUAAUAUCUACAGCAUCGACUUCACCCGUUUCAAGAUAAGAGAUCUAGAGACUGGCACAGUACUGUUUGAGAUUGCCAAACCUCCUAACUGUGGUCCUGUAGAGGCUGAAGAGGGGUGCGGUGAUGCUGACGUCAGUGCUGGCCGCUUUGUCCGAUAUCAGUUUACACCAGCGUUCCUGAAACUACAGACUGUAGGUGCAACCGUGGAGUUCACAGUUGGCGAGCGUCCCAUCAACAACUUUCGUAUGAUUGAGAGGCAUUAUUUUCAGGGGCGGCUUCUGAAGAACUUUGACUUUGACUUUGGCUUUUGCAUUCCCAACAGCCGUAACACAUGUGAACACAUUUAUGAGUUUCCACAACUUGGCGAUGACCUCAUUCGCCAAAUGGUGGAGCACCCUUACGAGACCCGAUCAGACAGUUUCUACUUUGUGGAUAACAAGCUUAUCAUGCACAACAAGGCAGACUAUGCCUAUAAUGGUGGUCAGUAAGACCUUAAGGAGGACAACUGUGCAAUACACCAGAGAAUAAGGAUUUGUUUUGUACGAGUCAUGGCUUUUUGGUUUUUUUUGGAGACAGAUGAAUUCUUCCUUCAUCAGCACAAACAACAGCCCACAUCUGCUAUUCGAUGCGUUCAUGAAUCUGUCAAGAAUCUUACAGGGAUUUGUGACACUGAAGAAAAUUCUGUUUUAGAUUGUCAAAUGGGUAGAAUGUUACCAUUUGUGCACUGUUUGCCUGUAGUUGGUUAGUUGUGUCUCUGCUGGAAAGGGACAAUCACAGACCUCAAGUGAUAUAGGUUCUGUUAGAAUUGGAUUUGGAUUAGUACACUCGUUUUCCAUUGAAAUGACUCCAACUACUUUUUCUCAUGUGACAGUGGCUCCUCUUAAAGAAUAAAGAGCGCUGAGUAGAAGUUAUAUAGUAUCGAUAGUGAUCCGUGUUUUUCAUUCACUCCUGAAUAUUGAUAUCAUUUUUCUAUUGCUUGGGACUGUGUGAAAUAUUUAAGGUGGAUGUGCUUGAUAUAACAUGCUUGGUUUAUUUAUAUCCUGCUAUCAUAACCAUCUUUAAGUUAAAAUAAAGUUUUCUUGACGUCAGGUGUCAUACUCAUCCUGGGAAAAAAAACAUUUUAUGUCAAACAGGAAAUGUAGUCUUUCAGUACUUGAUCAUACUGUGCCCGACAGUGUCAUGUUAUAUUUGUUUGAAUUAAUUCAUUACUAUUUGAAAAUAUUUUGGCCACACAAAUCAUAUUUGCUGUGUGCUUGGAAGGCAACACUAACUCCCACUUUGGAAAUGUUUAGUAUUGCUUCAGGUUAAUAAGUAGAUGGCAGGCAUGGAAAUAAUUGGAUUAGCCAUCUAUUUUGACGUUUUUUUCACCAUUUAAAGCAUUGAUUGAAACAACUGUAUGUGCCUUUCAUCCAGAUGUUCAUUGUGAAAAGAAACUUGUGAAUUGUCAUCAAUUGUCAUUGUUACAGAGUUGUCUUUCAUCCAAUCCGAUGAUGGGAAUAUUUUUAUAUGCUCUCAAUCAGGAACUGUGGAACAAUGAAAAUGAAUCAAGUAAACUCAUUGAAUGAUGUAAAA